GCAUGAUUUGUAGACUUGCUUUUUUUCCCAUGCUGAAAACGUGGACACUGAGCGACGGGCUUAUCAGGCAGUGACAAAGAGGAGGGAGGGUGCUCGGCAUCCAGCUGCUCGCUUCACUCGGGUAUAAAAGGAUGCUGAGCUCGAAGCGGCGCCAGAUGUGGCAGCGGGUGGUUUUAUCCUCGCGUGCUAAUGCACUGGGGAUGACGAAAGAACCGGGGCGCGCGUUGGCUUCCGAGCGAGGACUUCUUGCUCGGACGCUAGCUAGCUAGCUAGCUCAGCGGCUAACGGUCCAGCAGCGCAUCCAGAUGUUGGCUGGAUGGAUGAGGCGCGCGCCAACUUGAUGUCCACGCUGAUUUGGCGACAAUUUAUAAAUAAAAUCGUUGUUUCUUUUCUUUCUUUUUUUUUUUUUUUAAACCAGUCCAACAACAUACAAUACCAGCCAAGUGCCUGAAUCACCCUCAAGCCAAAUCAGUUUUCAUGUUUCAAAAUUCAGAUGUGGUGGCAAGUCGUUUGAGCAUUUAUACGAUAUAAUGCUGAAAGUUCAUGUACUACUAUUCUUGGUCACACAUUUUCAUUCAUAAUGCAGCACACUAGUUGGGUAUGAAAUAAAAGUUCAAAUGAUGUGGUGUGCAGAUGUUGAGAUGUUAUCUACGAGAAUUUUAUUCUGUUGCUAGUUCUACCAGCAGUGGCACGGUGGAAAAAGUGGUCAGCACAUUCACUUUGCGGUUAUGCGGUUCUUGGCUCAAAUCCAGACUCCCUGUGUGGAGUUUGCAUGUUCUCCCCAGUUUUCAAAACCAGUGGCCAGAUAUUUUCUGUCGUAUUUUAUUUCGGCCGCAAAAGCAAAUCAUGUGCGUCAAAAAUCAUGUCUGUUGCGAAAAUAUCAAAACUGCAUUUUGCGUUCACUUGCAAUAACAUUGGGACAAGUCACUCCAAAGAUAUACUGUUACCAUGCCCCUUGUAAAGGAAAUUUAAUAAUAGUUGGAAGAGGCUCCUUAUUUCAAAACUAGUUAUCCAUCAAUGUGUAUGUGUCAUAGUGUGGUACACAUGACAUGCGUCACAGUCAUGAAGGCCCUCCGAGGGAAGUCAUAACUGAUAUGUCACAUGACAAAAACAAGUUUCAUACCUCUGCUCUAGAUUGUCCAUAGGUGUGAUUGUGACCGUUUGUUUUUUUUCCGACCAGUUCAGGGUCCAUCCCACAUCGGCCUCCAGCAAUCAAUUAAAAAACUUAUUAAACUUCAGGGAAAUUUUUCUUUCUUACAGUUACCUUUCUUUAUAAGAUUUGUAUGGUGCUGACCCAUGAAUUCCCUGCACUUUUGGUUUUUUAACAUAAAACAAAGGAGUGAAAGGUGAACAAUUUAAUAUUUGUAUGGACUUUUUGGGAUACUUUCCUGUAGAAAACUCAAGACAUUCAUUUAUUUGGUGAAGUUUUCAUUUAACUAGGAGACAUGCUACUGAGCCUGGGAGCUCGCUUCACUUUUUGUUAGAAUUUUGAAACAAAUCUGUUUACCGUCUAAUAUUAAAAAAAAAAGUCAACAAGGUACAAAUCUGAAUAAACAUACAAUUCAUGCCAUUUAAAUGAAGUGUUGGAGUUUGUAUUUUUCAAAAUUUUGACACCCUUAUUUUUGUUGACCUCUGAUAAUUGGCAUUGGCUGUGAAAAAAAAGCACUUGCCCAUCUCAACAGGUUUCAGGGGCUGACACAGAUAGGAAAAGCUACACGUUAUUGACAUGCCCCAAAAAUGUUUCUAAUUGCCUAUUGAAGCCAUAAAAUGGCGAAAAACCACUAUUUUUACUUAAACUUCUCACCUCACUAAGGGAAAAAAAGAGAAAAGUUUUCUAAAGUGUUAUUCUGCAAACGCUGAGCUAGGAAUAGGCGAAGUUUUACUGUUUGCUUUUGACAAAACUGCACAAGUUGACAUCUGUAUCAAAAUCAUCUUUAUGUGCCAAGUAUUUUAAAAACACAUAAGGAAUGUGUCUCCGGUAGUUGGAGCCUCUGUGGUAUGGCAAUAAACAGCCAUUUUGGCAAAAAACAUUCUCGAGACAUAUAAACACACUACAGAGAGUCACUUAGCAAUAAAAGGUUACUGCUAAUGUUGGGCAAAUGAUGCGUAGUCCUCGAAUAAUUUAAUGGCGAGAGGGAAGCAGCUGUUGGAAUGUCUACUGGUUUUAUUUUCAAUUGAUGGAGGUGGUGACCAGGAUGUGUAGGUUCCAAGAGGAUUUUGCGUCCUAAUGUCUUUUGUUCUGGCAGUCCUCAAGGAUGGGUAAGGGGGUACUGAAGAUUUUUCCAUCAGUCCUGGUUGUCCGUUGCAGUGGUAGUUUGCCUUUUAUUGUGGCAGCACCAAACCAGACUGAUUUCAGGACAGGACUGAUUCGAUAACUGCUGUGUAGAACCUUCCCCUUCCUGUGGCAGAAACCACAAGUCGUACAUCCUCUGCCUGCCCUUUUUGAGGAUUUGAUGUAGGUCUCCCACUUCAGGUCCUGGGAGAGUGUAAUUCCCCAGGAACUUGAAGAUCAGUUGGAUGGAGUGAGGGGCAGCUCAGGGGAAGGAUGCCUCCUGAAGUCCACGAUCAUCUUCACGGUUCUGAGAGUGUUCAGCUCCAGGUUGUGCCAGCCGCUCCACUUCUUUGUGUUAAAUUCUGGAUGCUGAGGUGUUGUCUUGGUCUGCAGGUUCACGCAAAGUGGAUUUUGGAUCUGGACCAGUACAACGAGUGGAUGAAUGAGGAGGACUACGAAGUCGGAGAAGGCCACCCUAAGAGGAAGAGGAUAUCGGCCAAGACUCUUACGGACGAAGUGACCACUCCUGACGAGCGAAGAGACAAGAAGGCCGUCGGUGCCAAGAAGAGGAAGCGCUCACCGUCACCAUCUCCUACGCCACCACCGCAGGAAAGCAAGAAGAAGAACGCUAAGAAAGGGCCAACGACCCCGUACACUAAAUCCAAACGGGGUCAGAGGGAAGAGGAACAAGAGGAUAUCAAUAAGGACUUGGAUGAAGCAUCACCUGUUCCAGCAUCUGAAGACGGAAAUGCAGUCAAAACAAAUAGCACCAAGAAAGAUUCUGAUUCGACACCAGUCAAGGGAGGCGCAGAUAUGGAUGAACAAGAGGAUGAGUCCAUGGAAGUAACAGGAAAGGAUGAGGAAGAGGGCUCCCCGAGUGUUAAAGGGGAACCGGUCAAAGGUUCGGACCUUCACGAGGACAACGUGACGGAGCAGACGCAUCACAUCAUCAUCCCAAGCUACGCUGCGUGGUUUGAUUACAACAGUGUCCACGCUAUUGAGCGUCGAGCCCUUCCAGAGUUCUUCAAUGGGAAGAAUAAAUCUAAAACCCCUGAGAUCUACCUGGCGUACAGGAACUUCAUGAUUGACACUUACAGGCUAAACCCUCAGGAGUACCUCACCUCCACUGCCUGCCGCAGGAACUUGGCUGGAGAUGUAUGCGCAAUAAUGAGAGUCCAUGCGUUCCUGGAGCAGUGGGGACUAAUCAACUACCAGGUGGACUCCGAGAGCCGGCCGACCCCCAUGGGCCCCCCGCCCACUUCCCACUUCCAUGUCCUGGCAGACACUCCAUCCAGCCUUGUGCCCUUACAGCCCAAGACAUCUCAGACUCCCACUCCCCAGCAGAUGUUGCCCUUCCCAGAUAAAGUGAAGGAUAAACCAGCAGACAUGCAGAACUUUGGGUUACGGACUGACAUGUACAGCAAGAAGAUGGGCUCUUCGAAGAGCAAGAGUGCAGCAAACUCUAUGAGGGAUUGGACAGAGCAAGAAACAUUAUUACUACUUGAGGGAUUGGAGAUGUACAAGGACGAUUGGAACAAGGUGUCAGAGCACGUCGGCAGUCGUACACAGGACGAGUGUAUUCUGCAUUUCCUUCGCCUACCCAUAGAAGACCCCUAUCUGGAGGAAAGCUACUCCUCCCUGGGACCUCUGGCUUACCAGCCGGUGCCGUUCAGCCAAGCAGGAAACCCCGUAAUGAGUACAGUGGCGUUCCUCGCCUCCGUCGUGGACCCCCGUGUGGCCUCUGCAGCAGCUAAAUCUGCUCUGGAGGAGUUCUCUCGUAUGAAAGAGGAAGUUCCUGCGGCCCUAGUUGAGGCUCAUGUGCGGCGGGUGGAGGAGGCGGCGAGGGUUAGUGGGCGACAGGACCCCCUAUAUGGCCUAGAGGGUAGCGGCAUCGCUGGGACUGGCCUGGAAGAAGGCGAGAGACCCGAUGAAAACAAUGACGAAAGUAAGAAUGACAGCCAGUCCAACGAGGAGAAGAAGGACGCCAAGGACUUUAAAGAUGGCGCAAGCGAGGAAGAAGAGAAGGUUGCAGAGAAUGGGAAGAAAGAAGAGGAAAGAGGAAGAGAAGCCGAAGGCGAGAGGAAGGCAGACAAAGCCGACUCUGAAAUGGGUGACGGGACAAAGGAAAAGGAUGGAAAAAGGGGUGAGGAAGGGCAUAGAGAAGGUGAGAGUGAAGGAGAAAAGAAGGCCAAGGUGGAGCGGGAUGUGGGCGAGGGCAACCUCGCCACCGCCGCUGCGUCUGCGCUAGCUGCAGCAGCUGUUAAAGCUAAGCACUUGGCUGCAGUGGAGGAGAGGAAGAUUAAAUCUCUGGUGGCACUCCUGGUGGAGACUCAAAUGAAGAAACUAGAGAUUAAAUUGCGACACUUUGAGGAACUUGAAACCAUCAUGGAUAGAGAGAGGGAGGCCCUCGAGUACCAGCGACAGCAGCUUCUGGCCGACCGCCAGUCAUUCCACAUGGAGCAGCUCAAGUACGCUGAGAUGAGAGCUCGCCAGCAGCAUUUCCAGCAGAUUCAGCAUCAGCAGCACAGCCAAGCCGGGGGUCCUCAUGCCUCCCAGACCCCUGCGGGCUCCCAAAGUUCGGCCUCGGCCCAUCAAUCCGCCAGCACGCCGGCGCCGCAACCGUCCCCCGGCGCCACGGGGCCGGAGUCUCAACCCCCUCCGGGUGCCCACACGUCACCCCCGUGCCCGCCGGGCCAGCCCGUGACCGGCCACUCCAGCUCCAGCAGUGCUCCUGCACUCCACGAAUCCAACACUCCUCUACCAGCCGAAACAGUCCACCCCUCUGCUUCAGUUCCACCUUCACAGUAAGAGAUGAAGAAUUGCCUCAUGAAUGACACUGACCACUUUCAAUGCGUCCGCUGGUAUCUCACAUUUAAAAAAAAAAAAAAGGAUUUUAAGUUUUCUUAUCAAACCAGAAAAUUGAUGUGAGGGACAAAAUCUUACCAAACUCUUACCAAGAAAGUUAACCUGUUUAAAAAAAUGGAGCACGAAAAUUCAGCGGAAGAAUUUACUGUUGGUUGCCACAUUACACGAUUUGACAUUUCUGGACAACUAUGAGGGGGGUCUUAACGAGUUUGUGCUGGAGGAAGAGAGAAGUCGUCUCGUGGCUUUCAUUUUCUACAACAGUCCAUAGAAGCUAAUUCAGUCUCAAGUCUUGUGGACGUCUCCCGAGUUCCCCCUUUGGUACUAAUUGACAUAUACAAUAUGUAAGAAAACAAUGCACUUUUAAUCUUUCCUUGGGUCUCAUUUUAAGACUUGAAGCAUCCAUGAAAUUGAACUUAAGCACUUAUAUAAAUCCCUUUUGCUGUCUUAAAUACCUUUUCAUACUAAAGGAUUGAUUAGAACUCUCCUCUCAAUUAGGUGGAAAGUCUGAUGGACAUUUUCAUAAAUAUGUUUCAUGAACAUUGUCUGGAUGCCAUUUAAAACAAUGUACUGUAAAGUGGAUGUUCUGUUACAAUUCCCUUGUAGUAUGAGAACUGGUUGCAAAUACUGACAAAGUCUCCUCCAGUGGUUCCUCGAGUCAAACAUUUACCUUUUCAAGUACUUUAAUAAUAACGUUCCAGCACUUGGAGAGUAAAAAUGAUAUCGUGAGGAACUUGAGAUUGUGUAAGGAAUGUAGUGCUGUCUGAAAGGAAUGACUGAAGCAGCAACCGCAUAUUUUGCCAUCAUUUCUGUCUUUUGCUAAACCAAAACUUUUUUUUUUUUUUCAAAUCAUGUUAUCUCACACGUAGCCAGUGAGGGUAUUUUUUGUUGUUGUUGUUCGGGAAAUGAAGAGGAUGGUCCGGUUCGUUUGAAGUUACAUAAUGAAGAAGAAAAAACAAAAGACAAAGGAAAAUUGUCCUAUCGUAUCGGCAACAAUAUCCUCACUUUUUAUCGUAUCAAUUUUUAUAUUUUAUACAGUCUGUUUUUCCAUCAUCUUUCUUUGAUAUCAACAUUGUAACGGAAUAUUGUUAACUUUGUAACCUCUAGAUACCUUUUGUGUGACUGUCAGAAUGUGUGUGAAGGCAUGCCUUGAAGAUCUGGUAACGUUCUUACUACCAUGCAGUUUUAUUUCCAGUGCCAUUUUGUGUGCGUGCGUGACGGCUGUUUGUCAUGAAGUAUAAAACCCUGUCAACAGGUGAAUUUAUAUGUUUCGUCAGUAUUUCACAUCUCACCUGAGCUGUGAGCAAAGUUACCGACAUCUGUGUUAAGAGUACAUUACGUGGACUUUGUGAAAGGAAAUACCGCUUUUGUGUGUGCGUGUGUUCGGUUCCUGUCUGUUUACACUGUGCUGAAAGAAGCAGCUCUUGCAUUGGUUAUUACGAGAUGUCCAUAUGUCCUCGGUGACUCAUCAACUUAAUCUGUGCUCACUCUGACAGUUUGGAUCCCAAAAUCUGAAGAGGUUUUAAUUACAUAAUGUUGAGGGGGAGAAAAAAAUAAAAACGUA